GAUGCCACAUCGGCUGUAAUGUGGGUGUUACUGUCUCUAUCUGUGUACCAGAUAGAUUUUGGUCCAUCCCAGACUAAAGUUGGCAAAAUCUGGUGAAGUGUUUGGUUGUCAAUCCAAAACUGUGGUCAUAGAUUUCACUGUGACAUAUGUCCACUGACAGCUGAUUUACCGCUUUGGACCAAAAUUCUAACAGUGUCAUAAAUUUAUGACCAAAUUCUCACAACGUUACUGCUGCUACGACCGACAUCUACAGAACAACGAAAAUGAAUACAGCAUGAAAUGACACAGUCCUACACUACAGUACUGCAACGGCUGACAAAACAUUGUAAGCACCCAUAACUUGUAGCUCUUAGAUUUAUACACUGUGAAUGGGAGCAGGAGUAGAUGAACAAAUUGAUAUAUAAUAUGUGCAUAUAGUGUUUUGAUUUAAAACUAAAGUUUUCCAAACUUAGUGUCUUAUUUUGGCUGUGAUGCUGCUGCUCUCUGGGAUUUUCAGUCAGUCACACUGACAACAUGACAAGGUGUUGGACUUUGUCUCUGCAGCCAAUGGCAGCAUCAGACAGAGGGUAUUAAAGUCCUGAGUCAGCAGUUCAUCAGGGAAAGGUGGAUGGAGGGAUGAAUGGAGGAGAGUCAGCAGCUGACAGCAACACACAGCAGACGGACACGUUUACUGACGAACUCCCAAACACCAACAACAAGUAAAACCUGUUGAUUUCUGCAGAGCAGUCUGUCAACUGUUAGUAGCUCUUCAUGUUGACAGUGGGGGGAGAUUAUUUUACCCCGGGUUGUUUUAAGACAUUUUCUAGUGCAGUGAUCUGCCUUUUUUUGUCAUCAUUAGAUAAUGUGAUUCAUAGAAAAUUCUUGGCUGACUAUUUUACUUUGUUUCAGACAUUUUCUAUAUUGUCAUAUAUUUUGAUUCUAGUGAUUUGAUCUGCAUUACUCUAGAUAGUGACAUUUCAAGAAAACACCAGGUAAACUGAACUGGAAACAAGUUAAAUGAUCUCACUCCACUGGCUGAAUCUUUGGAUUAAUUCCAUUAUGUUUUCAGUGUGUUUUCAGUUCUCUCUUCAGUGUGACACCAAACAACCCAAGGAGAGAUGAGCCAGCUCCGCUUUUUGUGAGAUUGAUCGAGUUAAAACUCUGAACGAGGAUGUUUAAUGAGGAGGGGAGGAUGGAGAACGUCUCCUCGCACAAACACUUCAUCCUCAACGGCUUCAAUGAACUCGGAGCGCUGAGGCCCGUCCUCUUUAUCCCUUUCUUCGUCAUGUUCGUCCUGUCGCUGUCGGCCAACUCCCUGCUGCUGUACGUCGUCAUUUCACAGAGAAGCCUCCACUCACCGAUGUACAUCCUCAUCGCCUGCAUGGCAUGUGUGGACCUGAGCCUCCCGCUGUUCUUCGUCCCCAACAUGCUGCUGAGCUUCUUGUUUGACUGGAGGGGAAUCUCUCUGGCCGGCUGCCUGGUUCAGAUGCACUUCCUUCACUUUGUUGGAACUUUUCAGUCUACUCUGCUAGUGUGGAUGGCACUGGACCGCUACUUUGCCAUCUGCACGCCACUUUACUACCAUGAAUGCAUGGCGUUACCGAGAUUCCUCAAGUUUAUAAUCCCACUUGUGGUCAGAAAUGUCCUCAUGAUCACGCUGUUUGUGAGUCUGGCAGGAACAUUGUCAUUCUGCGCUGCAAAUGUGAUAAACCACUGUUUCUGUGAGCACAUGGCCUUGGUGCAGUUGGCCUGUGGAAGUACCGCCAUCAACAACCUGAUUGGGUUACUGACUGUGUUACUCAUCCCUGUGGCUGACUUUGUCUUUAUUGCUGCUUCCUAUGUGGUGAUAUUCAGCUCUGUGCUCAAGUCCGGCAGGUCAGGGGUCAAAGCGCUUCACACCUGCAUCACCCACAUCAUGGUCAUCACCGUCAGCCUGACCAUCGCACUUGUUGCUUUCCUGUCAUAUCGGAUCAGAAAUGGUCUUCCUGCUGCCAGUCGGGUUUUCUUCAGCACCAUGUACCUACUGUUCCCGAGCUGUUUCAACCCGAUCAUUUACGGCAUCAGAACCACCGAGAUCCGACAGCACAUUGUGAAGACACUGACAAGCUGUCGCUUUGUCCAGACUGUGCCCCAUUCUUAAGAAGCUAUUAAAAA